CUUUGAAGUCUAUUAUCUCAAUUGAGUGGUCUUUGUUCGAGGAGAAAAGGCUUAUCUUACAAAAAUCGAGCUGGAACGAGCAGAGGUCUGUGAACUCGAGCUGUGAGAGUGCUGAGACUGUUUGGUCGAUAUCUCGAGUUUUACAAAUCCAAUUAAGGCGUGUGAGAUACCCACAGAAAGCUCUCAAGACGAGGAAUCCGUGAAGGUCUGGUUUGCAGGAAUCGGAGUUGUAGAAGGCUUCCAAAUCGUCCGAGCAAAACACAACCUCGCAGGAGAGGAUUUAAUCUUCUAAAAGAAACGAGUUGACCGGGAAACACCCGUUCUAGGGGCUGUUUUCGUAUCAACAAUUAAGGGUUGAACUAGCACUUUGAGGAGGCUGGUUAACACUCAUAUUUGAGCAAGGAAUCAGUUCCAAAUCCACCUUGACCAAAGCUUUGACCAUUGGACCAAGAAGGGAAAGUUUAAAGCUCAAUUGAGGUUGAGGCUAGAGCUUGCUCCCUGUGCUCGUUGUCCGAGUGAUUUCCCCGGAGAGAAGACUUGAAAUGGACCGUGGUGGCAGGAUUACUAGGAGAAACCCGACGGGUCGUGUACCAGUGGAGACUGGACAGGGCAGUCGAAGGACCUCUAGGGCAUCUAGAGGAGCUGGCCGUGGAGGCCGAUCACAGACCGUGAGUGACGGUCAUGUCGACACGGAAAGUGAAACCUACUGGUCCUAUGAGGACUCGACCUAUCGACCGGAAACUGAACCGGUUGAGACCCCUUAUGAAGGGGAUGAUGAUGAUGUAAGUGAUGAGGAGGAAAAUGGCUCCUUAGCACGGAUUGAAGCACUACUUCAACAGUACCACCGUGAGCGUGAGGAGAGGAGGGAACGCCGAAGGCGCCGGGCUGGGCAACCUUCGGGCGGGGCUUCAAGAGGGAGAAGCCAUGGCGACUCUAGGGCCCACAUUGAACCACAUGGGGGCCGGGGUGAUGGAGGUCCAAUCAUAAGGAUCUCCAAAUACAUCAAAGAGGCACGAGACUUGGGGUGCAAACCGUUCGAUGGGACGGGUGACAUCUCCGUUUCGGCACAAUGGAUUAAGCGGCUGAAUGAGGCAGCCCUGGACAUGCAACUCACCCCCGAAUAUAAACUAAGGGUUGCGGUGAGAUUGCUUGAAGGUAUGGCAUCCAAGUGGUGGGAUGGGACCAAAGGCAAAUAUGGCGAGACCGUCACUUGGGAGAAUUUCCGACAGGAAUUCUUUGCCCAAUAUUACUCGGAUUUUGAGGUGAACAAGAAAGUGAGGGAAUACACCCUUCUAACCCAAGGGGGUAACAUGACGGUGAGGGAACUUGAGUACAAGUUCAGGGAUCUUGCCGAUUACAUACCUGAGUAUGCCUGUGACGAAAACCGGAUGGUGAACCACUUCUGGGAUGCUCUAGACUUGGAGAUACGUGACAGGGCAACACAAUUGCCUAACAUGACGUUUGCUCAAGUGGUUGACCAAGGGUUGAAAGGAGAGAAGCAAUGGGAAGAAAGGAAGAAGAGAGACGUCGAGGAGGCGAAAAAGAGAAAGUGGGAGAGUCAUGGCUCCCAAGGUUCCAACAAAAAGGGGAACCACGGAGGAGGAUCUUUCCGGGAACCACCGCCACCAUCUAGGGGGAACCAAGGCCCGAGUGGACAAGGCGCGAGGUCACAGACCUCAGUGGUAACUCGUUGCAACAAUUGCAAGAGGAACCAUUCCGGUAAAUGUCGCGACCCCCCUAGAUGUUUCCAAUGUGGGGAUGCCGGGCAUUUGAAGGCACAUUGCCCACAACUGGGCGGGGCAAGGACAUCGGGACCAAGUAGUGGCCCGACGGGUACACGGAAUCAGACCGGGGCUUCUCAAGCAAGCAGGGGGCAAGGGGGAGCAAGUGCGAGCAACGCGCCAUCCGUGAACCAAGGGAGGACCCAGGCUAGGGUCUAUGCGAUGACGGAGGCGGAUGCUCAAGCUAACCCGGACUCCGUCGCAGGCUUAUCUUACAAAAAUCGAGCUGGAACGAGCAGAGGUCUGUGAACUCGAGCUGUGAGAGUGCUGAGACUGUUUGGUCGAUAUCUCGAGUUUUACAAAUCCAAUUAAGGCGUGUGAGAUACCCACAGAAAGCUCUCAAGACGAGGAAUCCGUGAAGGUCUGGUUUGCAGGAAUCGGAGUUGUAGAAGGCUUCCAAAUCGUCCGAGCAAAACACAACCUCGCAGGAGAGGAUUUAAUCUUCUAAAAGAAACGAGUUGACCGGGAAACACCCGUUCUAGGGGCUGUUUUCGUAUCAACAAUUAAGGGUUGAACUAGCACUUUGAGGAGGCUGGUUAACACUCAUAUUUGAGCAAGGAAUCAGUUCCAAAUCCACCUUGACCAAAGCUUUGACCAUUGGACCAAGAAGGGAAAGUUUAAAGCUCAAUUGAGGUUGAGGCUAGAGCUUGCUCCCUGUGCUCGUUGUCCGAGUGAUUUCCCCGGAGAGAAGACUUGGUUCGUGCUUCCUCCAUUCUGUUUUAGAACAUUAAUAAACAUGCUCAUGGAUAUUUUACUUUAGAGCCUGCGUGCUCAUGUUUGCCCUGUGUGGCCCUUUUGUUUUAAACCAUGUUUUCCGCUGCAUAUUCAAUUGUUUAUUAUGUAUGUUUAUGGAUGACCUAUGUGUGAAUGAUAUUCAUGACGCCUUGUAUAAUAUGAAUGUGUUGGACUGCGGUUGACUAUUCGUAUUGUACGGCGGGUUGUUGACGUGUCCGGAGAGGUCCGGGGCGUGACAACUCUUGUCAUCUUAUGG